AUGUCAGACGAACUGGAAACUGAGCUUCUUAUGGAUGCAAUGCACCGAAGGCGAGUCCUUCAGCAAGAAAACAGAAGUGACCACAGCAGACCUUACCGCUUAAAUAAUGAUGUUGACAAUCUAAUAAAGAUCUGCACAAGAAAGAUCACUAUGGAUGGAAAUCAUCCAAAAGCCUUAUUUAUUCGUGCUUCUAGCUAUAUGAAAAAAGGGCUUUAUGAAGAAACAAUAAAAGACUGCAAUUCUCUUAUCCAGCUUGAACCCCACCAUGUAGGAGCAUUCUACCUAAGGGGUUGCGCAUAUGACAAACUCGGCGAAAUUGAUAAGAGUAUCCUAGAUUUCACAACAGUCCUUGAGCUUGACCCUUGCCACGUUAAUGCAGCUUAUGCAAGAGGAGCUUGCCAAAACCGUAAAGGCAAUUUCGCACAAGCCAUUGAAGACUACUCUAUGGCUUUAGAAAGAGAUCAAGAAGGCAGACGAUCUCCUGGAAAGUCUUAUGUCCGAAAUCUCCAAAGUUCAUUCAGUAACACAACCAACUCCAAUGAAGCUAAAGAUGACCCUUUUUCUUUUGUGCCUCCAAGGUCAAGUACUCCUCAAAAGUUUGAAAAAGAUAAAGAAACCAUAGAUACUAUCCCACCUCCCAGAGUCGCCAAACCAAAUGCAGCUCCUAAACGGGAAACUAGCUCAAAACCACAGCUGAGUCCUAACUUGUCUGAAAAAGCAUUAAAGGAAGCUGAAUGGUUUCACUCACAAGGAUAUGCUGCAAGGCAAAAAGGAGACUUUGAAAAAGCUAUUGGAUUCUAUACAGAGGCCCUAAGGAUCAACCCGAGGCAUUUUAAAGCACUUUUCAAUAGAGCUUUUGCAUAUGAUAAAACUGGGAAUUUUGAGCAGGCAAUCGAAAAUUAUACAGCAGCCAUUGAUUUGGAUCCUCAAAACGCUUUUGCUUAUUAUAACAGAGGAAUUUCAUAUGACAGAAGUGGGAAUUUCCCUAUGGCAGUUGAAGAUUUCUCACGUGCAAUAGAUCUUGAGCCAAAUAAAGCUGAUUUCUUCCAUAACCGAGGUUUCGCAUAUCGAAAAUUAAAAGAAUACGACUUAGCCAUCAAAGACUAUACCCAAGCUUUAAAACUUGACCCAAAACACUUCAAAGCUCUUUAUAACCGAGCUUUUUGUUGGGACAAAAUAGGAAAAAUUGCUGAAGCUGAGCGAGACUAUAUGGAAGCUUUAAGGUUCCAGCCUAAUAACGUUAACACCCUCCAUCAUUUAGGAACUUUGAUGGAAAAAACUGGGAACUUAGAACAAGCCUUAGAGUGCUUUAAUCGAGUCAUUGAAAUUGACCAAAAUUAUGCACCUUCGUAUAAUGGACGAGGACUGGUAUGGGACCGCCUUUUCAAGCAUCAAGAAGCCCUUGAAGACUUCACACAGAGCAUUGAGCUUGACCAACAAAACCCUGUUUAUUGGCACAAUCGUGGCUGCUGCUUAAGAAAUGCUGAAAUAUAUGAAGACGCUUUAGAAGAUUUCAAUAGAGCCCUUUACCUAGACCCAUCUAACCCAAUUAUUUAUGCUAAUAGAGGACUCACAUGGAGGAAACUAGAGAAAUUUGAUAAAGCGGUAGAGGACUACACUAAAGAGUUAGAAUAUGGAGGAGCUUCUGUGAAAGUUUAUAAUAACAGGGCUUAUUGUUAUGCUAAAUUAUCAAAUUAUGAUGAAGCCAUCAAUGAUUAUUCAGCGGUUAUAAAACUGGACCCGACUAAUAUUCAUGCAUUACACAAUAGAGGAAUUUCGUAUGAGCGACUUGGCGAUUAUGAAACAGCCAUUAACUCCCCCCCUCCGUGAGUGAACAAAACCAUUAGAAAAAUCCCUAUUUUUUGCCCAAAAACCCACCCUCCGUGAGUGAACAAAAAUUUUUUUAAUAGAAAAAAUCUUUAUGGAAAAAAAUUUGAUAUAUAAAUGAUAAUUAGUAUAAUGAAAUCUAGAGCUAAUUCUCUUUAAUUUUUAAACGAAUUGCUUUUUAAAACAUAAAUUUUUAUAAAUUAAAUUAAUAUUUGCUUUCAAAUUUUUGCGGAUUAGUUUUUUUUUUAAAUUUCGAAAAAAAAAUUUUUUUAUAAAAUUUAUAUAUAAAUUUUUUUAAAAAAAAAAAAAAUUAACCCCCUAGUGAACAAAAUUUUUUUGUUCACUCACGGAGGGGGGGAGUAAGGAUUUUUCUAAUGUUAUUGAUCUGGAUCCAAGGAAUGCCAAUGCAUAUUUCAAUAGAGGGUGCUGCUAUGAUAGUGUGGGGCAGCUGGAUAAAGCUAUUUCGGAUUAUUCCAUUGCUCUGGAAUUAGAUAUGAUAGGUAAGGAAUAA